AUGAAAUCUAAUCAUAGCAAUCGUCAUGUAAAUGCUUCAUAUUCAUUUGAUCUUCCAUCAAAUAAUAAUAAUUCCAAACAAGAUGAUUCUAUAUCAUGUUCAAGUUUAAAUAUAGACACAACAAGUCAUUUAUAUUAUUUACCUUCUCAUAUAAAUAAAUUAUCAAAUCAUGGACAAACAUUAAAUAAACGCUUAUUGAAUUCAAUUGUUAAUUAUAAAAAUGGUUUAAUUAUUAAUGGUUCAUUAUUUGAUGAACAAUUAUUUCAAGUUACACGUUCAUCUUAUAUAACUGAUUAUGCAAAUACACCACAAGAUUGUAAUCGAUUUCUUGAAGGUCAUAAUAGAAUAUCAACAUGUUCACAAUUAGAUGCUCAUCUAUAUAAAUUAUCAUUUAUUAUAACAUUAUCAGAUUGGUAUAUUGAUAAAGAACUCUUACUUGGAUAUUAUCCACAUGAAGAUGAUGAAAUGAAAAUUCUUGAAGAAAUUUCACCUUAUAAACAUUUUUGUUUUCCGGAAUUGAAUCCUAAACAACGAAAUGGUGGACAAAUGCUAAAUGAUCAAUCAACAUAUAUAUUUACACGAACAUUAUCAGAUGGACAUAUGGAAUAUGGUUAUUGUCGACGAUUAACAAAAGAUUCAAAUCGAAUUACAAAAUUUCCAAUUGUAAUUUGUAUAGUUUCAAGUCAUUCGUAUUUUAAACUUUAUGAUGCGAUUCUAAAUGAAUUAGUUAAAGCCUAUAUGUCAAAUGAACUUGAAUGUAAUCUUCUAAUGCAAUCGUUUCAUUCAAAACCCUUACCUAUACCUACAGUAAACUCAUCAGGUGUUACAUGUAUACUUAAUGAUCGUCGUAUAUUUUUCUAUGUAUGUCCACGUGAUGAUCGUCUUAAUCAUGAUUAUUAUUCCACAUUACUUUCAUGUCUAUCACCAUAUCAAAUUAUUUAUUUAUUUGAAGCAAUGUUACGUUCAAAACGUAUAUUAUUAUUUUCACAUUCUCCAUCGAAAUUAACAAAAUGUUGUCUUGCACUUUCACUUUUAAUCUAUCCAUUUCUAUGGCCAUAUUCAUUUGUUUCAGUGAUGCCAUCAUCAUGGAUAUCUGAUCUACUGGAUUCUCCAUGUCCAUUUAUAUAUGGUUGUUUAUAUGAAACAAAAGAUCAAAUUCCAAAAACAUUGGAUAAUGAUCUAUUACUUGUUGAUCUUGAAUUAGGUGAAAUCGAUGGUAAUAUUGAUGCAACACAUUUUUUACCAUUUAAUCUUCGACAAACAUUAGAAUUUUCACUUGAUUAUUUAAUAAGAUUUCGUUUAAUGAAAUCAAAUUCAACAUUAAUUAACAUCGCUGUUAGUGAAGCAUUUUUAUAUGUAUUUAUUGAAUUAUUACAUCGUUUACCAGAUUUUUUUAAACGUGAUAAUCCAUUACCUAAAAAUGAUAGUCAUUUUUCUAUAUGUACAAAUUAUUUUCAACGUCAUGAUAGUGGUAUUGAGCUUGAACCAAUUGAUUUACAACAGAUAACACAAAAUGAACAUAAACAACAAGAAGAAAAUCGACUUGGUUAUGAAUUUAAUUCCGAGGAAUUUCUUCGUCUUCAACCAAUGUCUUCCUAUGUUUCAUUUCUAAAAGAAUUUAUUCAUGGAAUGUUAUUUCUUAAAUUUCUUGAUGAUUAUCAACGUAAAGAAGAUUUAUUUUCAUUAUUUACUCAACGUUUAAACGAACGACGUCAAAUGACAAUCGAUGAUUUAUCUAUAAAUCAAUUAGUACGAUUCCGGCAAACAUUCGAUUUAUUAGAGAAACAAAUUAAAUUAACACCAAAACAAACAAAUCCAUCAUUUUCAAAAUUUCUUAAAAAAAUUUUUGAAUAA